UUUAACAUUGAUUUAUCCUGCAAUAGAUCUGGUUCAAUUGGUAACACACAUGCUUGUCUUCUUUUAAUGCUUCGUAAGGGGAAAGUAAUCAAAGUAACUGCAUGUUAUCAGAUUGCGUUACUGAGUUUGGUUUAUCCAAAAGUUAUGUUACGGAUUACAAUUUUGGACAGGUAACUGUAACAGAUUACAUUUAGAAAGUAACCUACUGUGUGUAGUGCUAGGGCAAAAAAAACAAUGUGCAUCCAGGGGAGGCCCCAGGACCGACUUUGGGAAACCUUGACCUACUUGACAAAACUGAUCUGCUUAAAGAUGCUCAUGGACUUCAUAUUUCACCAGGGAAUUUACUGGGUCUUGCCUGUAUAUGACUCAAUGUACAGGUAACUGUCAAAAUAAAGGAAACACUUGAGUAAAUGAGGGAUACAAAGUAUAAUGAAAGCAGGUGCUUCCACACAGGUGUGGUUCCUGAGUUAAUUAAGUAAUUCAUGUCUCAUCAUGCUUGGGGGAUGUGUAAAAUUUCCCAGUUGUCCAUUAUUUUGGCUACCCUGGCUAGAAUAGGGAAGGGGAAGAGGAUAUGUAAUCAGUUGCACAACUGAAUGCAUUCAACCGAAAUGUGUCUUCUGCAUUUAACCCAUUCCAUCUGAAUCAGAAGUGACAUUAUGGGCCAGUUUCCUAGACCCAGAUUAAACCUCGCCAUGGAGGGAGAAAAAAAUCUAAAUUGAUAGUUUCCAUUGAAAGUACCUUUUAGUCCAGGACUAAACUUAAUCUGGGUCUGGGAAACUGGUCCUUUACCUUUUCUUUCCGGUGAUCAAUUUCCUCAUGUUACCCUGAUGUCAAGUCAACGGCUCUUCCUUUUAGGUUUAUAGUAGUCUACAAUACCAGUUCAGUUAGCAGUUUGAAACAUCUUUAUACCUAUUAUUUUGUUCAGCACCUGUCUGUUGCAGUAGUUCUAGCAGCUCACUUGCCUUGGACUGACAGGAUUUCCCAUACUGACCCUUGAGCAAUAUUUAGGAGAUGGACAAAGGCAAAUCUGCUCAUGAUCUCACUAUGAACUAAUUGACCCAGACAGUGGGUAUGUAUUCCUAAUCCCUUGUGUCAUGUGAUCCACAACAGUCCUUGCCCAGUCUCUACCCUCAGUGCAGCAUUGGCAGACCAGGGGUAAUACUAACUCACUGUUUCUGUUGCACUAUUUUUGUUUAUGUAUGGAAACAUAGCAUUUUUCUUUAGUAAUAGUACAGACACAGUGGAUGGAUUCAAAAGGUGCAGUUGUGAUGGUAAUGGGGACAUAGUUGGAAUAAUAUUUUUUUGUGUGGAGCAUCUAAAGAGUAGAGCUACACCACUGACUGACAGACAACUUUAAAUCAUGAGUGACAACCUCUUCAAGUAAGGAGUCCAAUAAAAAAUGAGACAAUACCUUAAACUAAAGAGGCUCUUCAAAGUAUUUGACUACUAUUUCCGUGAUGGGUCAGCGACUGAGUGAGGAGAGUGACUCAGACCAGGAAAUUGAUGUUGCAGAGCUGCAGGAGUGGUAUAAGAAGUUUGUGGUGGAGUGCCCAAGUGGAACACUCUAUAUGCACGAGUUCAAGAGCUUCUUCGGCGUUACUAACAACAAGGAGGCAGCGGAUUAUAUUGAGAAUAUGUUCCGCGCCUUCGACAAGAACGGAGACAACACAAUUGAUUUUCUAGAGUAUGUUGCAGCCCUUAACCUGGUCUUGAGGGGCAAGUUGGAACAUAAACUGAAGUGGACUUUUAAAAUGUACGACAAAGAUGGAAGUGGCUGCAUUGACAAGAUAGAGCUGCUGGAGAUUGUAGAGUCCAUCUACCGACUAAAGAAAGCCUGUCAUGGAGAACUGGAUUCAGAGUGUAACCUCCUGACCCCAGAUCAAGUGGUUGACAGAAUAUUCGAACUGGUGGAUGAAAACGGAGAUGGGGAGCUGUCUUUGGAUGAGUUCAUUGACGGGGCCAGGAAAGACAAGUGGGUGAUGAAGAUGCUGCAAAUGGAUGUCAACCCUGGGGACUGGAUCAAUGAACGGCGACGUAAGAGCUCUGGAGUGAGCUCUGAAGCUGGACCUCUGCAAUAAGUUUCUGGACUACUUUCAAUCAAAAGUUGAAUCCAUCUACCAGCAGCUUCAGCUAUCCUGUGCCGGCAGACACUACCACCAUGCCCACGUGGACUCUUGUCCAGAGGGGGAAAUCACUGCUCUAAUAACUCUCCUUCUCUCCCCAUAAACAGCAAAUAACACACCAUUUUCUUUUGAAAUCCCUAAUGUGUACAUAUCAAUGUGUUUCUGUUUGCCCUGAUGGUUGUGUGUGUUCCACUACUCAUGAUUGCAUUUUGUAUGUGCAGGCUACAGUGAAAGGGACCAGUUUUCUCCAUCUCAUUAUGAUUGAAAGACAUCAUGCAGAGGCAGAUCGUAGAGUUUAUUUUGCAAUUAUGUUUUGCUGGUAAACAAAGCAUCCAUCCGAUUUUGGGGCUUAUACUUGAUGAGGUUUCAAUAGAGCUGACAAUAUAGUACACCGGUAGCAGUCUUAUUACAUUUCUGGCACCAUUUUUAAAUCUUUAGAACUUUAGGGCACCGCCUCUCUUUUUGUGUGUGUUGAACUUGAAAUCCAUAUUCAUUGAACAGUAAAUGUGUAUGAAGUUGCAUAAUAAACACCUAGCCCAAUA